AUGGCAUCAGUCGAAGAAGGUGAAAUUGUUGAAGAUUGUGUGACAAACUAUUUUUUUGUCGAUAGUAACCAAAACCCCUUAUCAUUUUCGUGUCUACCCCUUAAAUGGAAUGGCAAUGAGGAUGACGGGCACGAUGAGCGGAAAGUAGAAUCGACUAAACAUGCAUUUCUUCAAGGAAUAGAGGUAGAUGGGUGUCAACAAAUCCAUUGGAAGGUGACUGCAUGGAAGUUUGUUCUUACCUGCACCCUUCCUGAAAUUUAUGUACUUUUGGAUGCUGAGGGUGGAAGAUGGAUAAAGCUCCAAAGGCCACAGAAGAGUUAUGAAGAUAUUAUUAGAACUGUUCUGAUCUCGGUUCAUUGUCUCCAUUUCAUGAAAAAGAACUCAGAGGAAUCUAGCAUAGCCUUAUGGAAACACGUCAGGAAAACCUUCAGUGCGUAUGAGGUUCCACCUUCGAAGAAGGAUCUUUUGGACCACAUGCAAUGGAUCAAAGAAGCUGCUUUUAGGGAUAAAGAUAUUGCAAAAGCAAAGAAUUUACCAACCUUUCUUUCAGAAAUGUCAGGAAAGAGGAAAGAUUUUUCUGAGGAUAAUAGAAUAGAGAAGAGAGCAAAGUUUAUAGUUUAUGACGAAGAUGAAGACAGUGACGAUCACUAUGAUUCAUGUGAGGCAGACGGAGAUCAAUUAUUUGAUCGUGUUUGUGCAUUUUGUGAUGAUGGUGGUGACUUAUUGUGUUGUGAAGGAAGAUGCAUACGAUCUUUUCAUCCAACUAUAGAAUCUGGUGCUGGCUCUUCUUGUGAAUCUCUGGGUUAUAGCAGCGCACAAGUUCGUGCCAUACAGAUUUUUAUGUGCGAAAAUUGCCAAAAUCAAAAGCAUCAAUGCUUUGUUUGUGGUAGGCUGGGCAAUUCAGAUAAAUCUUCUGGUACUGAGGUUUUCCCUUGCAUCUCGGCGACAUGCGGGCAUUUCUAUCAUCCACAGUGUGUUUCAGAGCUGAUUUUCCCCAGAGAAAAGAAUAAAGCUCAAGAACUCCAGAAGCAAAUCCAAGCUGGGGAGGCAUUUACUUGCCCAGCCCAUGUAUGUUGCAUCUGCAGGCAAGGAGAAGUUAAAAAUGUUAUGGACAUGCAAUUUGCAGUCUGCAGACGCUGCCCAAAGGCAUACCACCGCAAAUGCUUACCAAGGAACAUUUCUUUCGAGCAGGAUGAUGAAAAAAAUAUCCCGCAGAGGGCCUGGGAAAAGCUUUUGAUCAAUCGAAUCUUGAUCUACUGCAUGGAUCAUAAGAUCUGUCGCAAUAUUCUAACACCAAAAAGAGACCAUUUACUAUUCCCUGAAGUUGAUGGAAACAAAGAUCAGUAUCCUUCUGUGUUACGACCAGACAAAUUACAUGUGAUGUCAGAAAGGAGGAGUAAGGUGUAUGGAAUUCUAACAGAUGAAGUACCAUUGAAAAAGCUGCCUAAAGGAAUAACUGAUGAUUUUAUCAGAAAUAAGGAGAAAAAACCUUUUGAAAAACUUGGUAAAAUAAACUCGAGUGCAAGUGUGAUACGCCCACUGAGUAUUUCUACGUAUGAAUGGCGGAAACCAAACAAUCCUUCCACAAUGGGGAGUUUCAAGUCCACAGUGAGAAGUGGUAAGCCACUGUCGCCAUCCAGCGUGGGAGGAGUUUCAGAAAAGGGUGCCAUUGCAAAUAUUCCAAGUAAAAAGGCUAGGACUAUGAGAACCCCAGAAAUGAGAAAGCGAAUACAGAUAUUAAUAAACAACUCCAUGUCUUCUUUUAAUGAGGAAGAGUUUCUUGCUGAACAGAGGAGGAAAUGUGUAAAUACUUCCACCCAACUUUCCAGAGCGGCCAACACAAUUACCCUAGGAAAGGUGGAAUGCUUGGUUCAGGCUAUCCAAGCAGCAAUGAAGAAAUUACAAGCAGGAGGCACAAUUGAGGAUGCAAAAGCUGUUUGUGAACCUGCCAUUCUUUCUCAAUCGAUCAAAUGGAAGAAAAAGCUACAGGUCUUUCUUGCUCCCUUUAUACAUGGCUUGCGCUAUACAUCAUUUGGUCGGCACUUCACAAAAGUUGAGAAGCUGAAGCAGGUUGUCAGUAGGCUUCGUUGGUACGUGCAAGAUGGAGACACGAUUGUUGAUUUCUGUUGUGGAUCAAACGAUUUCAGCUGCUUAAUGAAGGAAGAACUUGAAAGAAUGGGAAGAAAGUGCUCUUUCAAAAAUUACGACCUCAUACAACCAAAGAAUGACUUCAACUUUGAGAAAAGAGACUGGAUGAGCGUUGGGUUGGAAGAAUUACCUGAAGGAUCUAAUCUGAUUAUGGGGCUAAACCCUCCUUUUGGUGUUCACGCAUCUCUUGCGAAUCAAUUUAUUGAGAAGGCUUUGAGCUUUAUGCCAAAGCUUCUUAUUCUCAUAGUUCCCAGAGAAACUGAAAGAUUGGAUAUGAAAGAGAUUCCAUAUGACCUAGUAUGGGAGGAUGAUCAGAUUUUCUCUGGCAAGUCGUUUUACCUUCCUGGGUCAGUAGACGUGCAUGACCAACGAAUGGAUCAGUGGAAUUUGGAGCCACCGCCUUUAUCAUUGUGGAGUCGACCUGACUGGACCAUCAAGCAUAACUCAGUAGCUUUGGAACACGGUCACUUGCUACAGAAUCAAGGCAUGAGACAUGAUUUCCCCACCUUUGCGGAUAGCUAUGGUGAUAUCAACAGCAUUCUAGAAGAAUCAAUUCCAGAAGCAGAUAUCUGA